AAUCUGCCAAGCUGUUUCUCCUGUUAUCCAGAAGAAUGUGAUUUUAUGAUUUUUUUUUUUAUUUAUUCCUAAAGUUGUGAUGUCCAAAUUGUGUUUAUUAUUUUUGAUAAGUGCGGAAUGGCUUACUCAUUUUUUGUUUUGGUUUUUUCCAGUGAUGGACAUGAUGGGCUGACAGUUGCAGACAUAGUGUCAAAUCUGGCACAAAGUCUUAAAAAAACAUCCUGUUGCAGAUUUAACAUUAACCGGGUGAAUGUCUGGGAUGGUGCCUUAAGAGGUUUCAGGCGAUCCUCAUUUGAUCCCACCUACAGCUUGAUGGUGAAAUUCACAGACGAUGCCGGUAUGACUGAAGAGGCCUUGGACAGCGGGGGGCCAACUCGAGAAUUUCUGACUCUUUUGAUGGACACCAUCAAAACAAGGAGGAUAUUUGAAGGCAAAGACAAUGCCAAAUAUCUCUCCUUUGAUAGCAAAGCUGCAGAAGAAAAUGAAUACUUCAAUAUUGGACGGAUGAUUGCUGUGUCCAUUGUUCAUGGCGGUCCAGGGCCUCGAUGUCUUUCGCCGAACUUUUUUCUUUACUUAAUUGGUAAAGUAAAGACAAUUGAAGCCCCAGUUGAGGACAUUCAUGACGAAGAGGUCAGAAAGGCCCUCGUUGAGAUCGAGAAUGCCGCAUCACUGAGUGAACUCCAGGAGCUCACAGCAAAGUCCUCAAGCAUGCUACAGACAGCUGGCUGCUACAGAUUCAUGAGGACUCUGGAGGAAAAGAAAAAAGUGAUCGAUGAUUACAUUCAAUGGUAUUUCAUCUAUCGAAACCAUGUUUCCAUCCAGAGGUUCAAAGAGGGAUUAGCAACACUUGAUUUUGUCAAUGCCUUGGAACAACAUCCUUCACUCUUCUUCUCGAUCAUGUGCUACACUGAGACUAAGCUGACAGCUGAUGCUACAUCUUCCACGUGCAGUUCAGUCAGCCUGGUAGCACCAACCGUCAGGAGGAGGCCAGGGUGCUGAGCUACUGGCGAGAUUAUCUGCUCUACCUGGAAG